AUUGUCACCGAUGAGUAAUUUAAUAUUACUGAUUACAUAUCAAAGUGAACGCUGUAAACUUAUUUCGAAAUAAAAUCCAUUUAGUGGUUAAUAUGAGUUCAGAUUAAAAUUCAGGAUGUAUCUUUUUAAAAUGUACGUUUUUGUAGUCUGUAAUUUCUUUGCAGGCCAUGUUCUGGGAACGAUCACUGACGAAAGACAACAGUUAGGGCACAUACAAAAGUUCAUAGCAAAAGGUGGAUUAAAGGAUCCGGCAGAUUCUGUACUGCAGAAGAGUCAAGGUAAACACGUGACUGGUAUGAAUGCUCCGGAUCGCCACAUUUCAACAUUGGGUGACAUACCUAACGAACAAAGGAACGAAAACAAUUCAAUAACAUCAGCUUCUGGACUUGUCCGAUUACCACCGGUAGAAUUCAAACCCAAAAACGACAAUUUAACAAGUUUGCAUCUUGAGGAAGAUAUGGACGUACAAAAUACACAUUCAGUAUCUGACUUUAUGUCGACCACAAAAAUAUCGGUUUCCGACAUAAGCUCAAUUCCAAUAUCAAAGCACACAACACCUGCUUCGCAUUUGGCAUUAUCUGAGAAAGAACAGAACGAACAAAGAAAACGAUCGACAUCAAUCAACUUAAUGAAAGACUCGUCUACUUUCGGCAGCAUUUCAAAUACCAACGAAACGUCUGACUCAACUCAUCAUUUAGCUGAUUAUACAAGAAAGCAAACUGCACUUAAUCUGAGCGAAUCCGAUUCGCUUGCACUUCGUCCUGAAACAACGGUGACUAUUGUGACAGUUCCAUCAACAUUCACUAAGAAUGAUGUAAAGCUAAACGAAAUAAAAUUUAACAGUGCUCAAACAAACGUUACUGAAUUUAAUUCUAAUGAUGUAUCAACUUACAAAGCUCCCCUCAAAUAUUCAUCAACGUUCAUCAAAGACAUUGAAAAACAUCAAGAAUUUGAUAAAAGUUUCACUACGACAAGACAGGGAAUGGCGCAUUUAUCGACAAAACCCACUGUGUCUGCAACGUUCGUUAAAGAUGACUAUAUUGCAGAACAUAACAGGUUAACUAUUACAUCGGCAUCUACUACGUUAAAGUUAUUUUACCGCACACUAACUACGACAUAUGAUCUAGAAAAAACAAAAAAGGUCAACCCUUUAUCAUUCACUAUGUCCCAUAUACAUUCUCAAGGAAAACAUACUGGUACUCAAGCAAAUAAUUUUCUAUCGCAUACGAGGAUCAAACAAUCGACUAACCGAGUAGAAACAGCACAGAGAAAAACAGACAUUAUGCUUCUGGGAACAGCAUUAGACGAAAAAACAAACGACCCUUGCAGUUGCUCACGUCUUUCUGACGGAUUGUACACACAAUCUGCCAUAGUUGGAUCAAUCAUAGGAGGUGUUUUAAUUGGAAUGACGUUUAUGCUGGGAGUAACAUAUUUAAGAAAUAAAUGUCGGCGACAUUUGUAUGGAGAUUAUAGACGCGUGCCUAUGGAAUAUGACUUUGAAUUGAACCCAAGGUUUAAACCGCAUUAGUGGCUUGUUCCAUCUGUGAUAUAUUGAUUUCAUACAAAUAAUAUAUAAUAUGUAUGAGCACAAGCAGCAUGCAACAUGAACUAAAUAUAUAACUCAAUAAGUAAAAAAAGUGCCGAUUUCAAUGUGGAAUUGUGUUUCCAUUAUUAGUAUGCUUCCUUCGGAUAGGCAGUUAGUUGUACCUUUUGCGGUCGGAAGACACCUAGUGAUUUUGAAGUUAAUAUUAACAUGACAAUUAUUUCUGCAUGGUAUGUUUAAAACGCGUUGGUAUAGUGUAAUCUGCAUUGGUUAUCUCUUAGGAACGGAAGGCGCCUAUUGAUUUUGAGGUCAACAUGUCAAAGGUCAAUGUCAUAGGGGCUUGUAUCAUGAUGUUUGUUUCAAUAAAAAUAAUUAAGGAUGUAUUACUUUUAUACAACGUAGUAUGAUCAUUCACGAUUAAGCUGUGUGAUCUGUCUUGUUAAAAACAUAAUUGUGGCGCUUUCCUGUAUAUGUACUUAAAUUGAUACUUGUUUUCGUUUUAUUUUAGUAUACUUAAUCGUGUUUGCAUAAACAUAUGAGAACUAACAUGAGUAUUUAAUUGAAAUUUACUCUAAUUUAUUGUUAAUUGACAUACGUGGUUAGUAAUAGUUUUUUUUUUAAAUAAAAAGUUAUUUAUGUAAAUAACUCUGGUUCUAGAUUUAAGGUUGAAGCUGCGUUCACCGAUUUGGAGCCAGCAAUUCAUUGUUUUCGCGGGUUAAAGAUGGUGUCCUCAGUUAAGUGUGUUUUGUGAACUUGUCUAUAAAAACAGUGUUAUGCCACAUCGUUAUGCAAUUGGUAUGUUUAUUAAAGGAUUGCAUGGAGUAAUAAAGUUUUCAACCUGCUGUUGCCGUUGAA